AUUAUUUUAUACUGGGAUUGUGAAAACGAACGCCAAAUACAAAUUCUUCACUUUCAAGUGUGCCCUUGUGAUCAAAAUGGAUGAUGAGCAGCAUAAUAGUGUUCCUGGGAGGUGUCCCGAGUUUGGAGCUAUCUUCAUGUCAAACAAUGCAACGAAAAAGGAAUGUUUAAGAAGAAAAAUUUUUGCCCUCCCAUAUUCGCUGUCCCACUUUGUGAAACAGGUUAAAGAUGGGAUGAUUCUAUUCCUGUUUGAAUUUGGGAGGAGAGAACUUCAUGGUGUGUUUCAAGCAUGCUCUGAUGGUGCAAUGAAUAUUUUGCCUAAUGUAUUCAGUUCAUCAGGGAAGCAAUUACCUGCACAGGUAAAAUUCACCCCUCUGUGGUUCUGUCGUCCACUUUCUGAAAAUGAAUUUCGUGAUGCCAUCAGAGAAAACUAUUUUUCCAAAAACAAGUUUAAGUUUGGACUGUCAGAAGAUCAGGUUCGAAGGCUUCUAUCAUUGUUCAGUUUGACGAGGUUGAAAGAUCAGGCGCCUCAUAGACAGUUGACCAGAAGUAAAGUUGCAAGGCCAAGUGGGUAUUCUACAAGUAAAAAUAGAAGACUAGUGGAUAAUGAUAGGUCUCCAAUGAGUAACCUUGUACCGGGUGAAUGUAAUGUGGAUAACAAUCAGGGACCAUUUAUCUCAACUAUGCACUGUGGGGAUUCUUUCUAUAAUGAUAACGGGGCUACUGCUGAUGGCAGAUUUGGAACAUACACAGAUGUGGGAUAUGAGUAUAAAGCAAGUGCCUUCUUAAAUGAGUGCUUUCAGGACCUUAUGGGUAAAGUUGGAGGGAACAUAGAUGUUGGUGAAUAUGCCAAAGGUGAUAGGAUGGAGAUUGAAUGGAAUACUGGUAUUGAGCUUCAACCAGCCGUUUCAGUUGGGUAUUCUUCGGGUAAUUUCAGAGACAUUUCCAAUGAUGUUAGGUUUGCAGUGAGGGAUAGGCUUGAAACAAAACGUUACGACGAUGACGGUUUUGCACCAAUCCUCUCAACAGCAUAUCCUAGUUCUUUUCAAUCUAAAGUUAAUCCACUGGCAUAUUCAAGCAAACAUGUUCUAGAAAUAGAUUCAUUUAUUGAUGAUCCAACUGGCUCAUCCUCAACAUUCCUUCCGUCAAUGGAGCUGGAAAACUCUAAUGUUAGUUAUCCAAUGACUUUUGAAGAUUCAGUUGUUACAACUACUCUUCCUUAUGAUCCCGAUGUCCCUAGUAUCAGUUAUCUGAGCUCCUCAUCUUUGUGGUUCAAUCGGGGUCGUGAUUCAUUACAAGAAUAUGCUAAUAAUGAUAGUUUUGUUGGUAAUGUCCUUGGUUCUUCCACAAAUCAGUCGUCUCCUUCAUUGUUAGAGACUAGAAGGACAACCAUAACCCCUGCUGUCAACUGUGGUUCUAGGGACUUCAUUCCAUUGCCUUAUUCUAAUCAAUAUGAAUGCUCCAUUAGGAGUAGCCCAGCAAGGCAUGACUAUUUUGAUGACCUAGCAGCUGAAAACUCUAAAAAAGAAGGCUGUGGAGAUCUUUCGCUUCUGAAGCCCUCUUUAGCAUCUGUUCCUUCUUCUGAAACUAGAAGUAAUGUCAGGAUCAGUGAGCAGCCAUCAUCUUAUAGAGCCAGUCUUAGCAAGUUUCCAUCUCUUACCUUUUCUGACAGGUAUGAUACAUUAUUACAAGACAAACAUGAUUGUCAAGCACCAGAGCGUAAAAAUGAUGCAGAAUUUGGUAAUGAUGGUUUUAUGUUUAAAGAGUCCCAACAUCAUGGGGACUUUUUCUAUAAUGAUAACAGAGCAAUUGAGGAUGGCAGAUUUGCAAUAUACAAGAAUGUGGAAUAUGAGCAAAAAGAGAUUCAGCACCAGCCGCAUGUUCAUGAACCUACAAAUGUGGAUUACCAUGAAGUUACCUCAUUGAGUCCUGCUGCAUAUCAGAAUUCUGUAGGCUUAUAUCCAGAUUGCCAGAAGAAAAGGGGUGGUGUGUUUUCUCGCUUGGCUUUGCCUCCUAAAGCAUAUAAACAAGAAAGAAACGCCCCUCCUGGCACUGCUGAUAUUGAUACGAAUGCCUCAGUGAAUGAAGUCAUGGACAUGAUUCACCGAAGCCGUUUCCAUUGGGUGAUAACAAGAUGUAAACAGUUAGGCAAACAUCAUGGUAAAGCUGCCAAUGUUAGGGACACAAAACAGGCGACCAGGAAGGAGGGCUUGACUAUGAUUUCAAAGGAGAUGAAUGUGAAGCCUAUCUCAUUAAGCAAGGAGAAUAGCAGCCAAAAAACUGAAGAGACAGCUUUUGUGAAUUUCAAACGUCGUAGUUCAGUGAGAAAGAACCUUGAAGAUGGCAAGACUGGAAACUGUUGUGGAAGUCUGAAUAACAAGAGUGCAUCAGCUGCACAUUGUAAAAAGAGAAAAUUGAUUAGGGCAGACUUCUGUGAGUUUCAGUCAUCUGACAGAGGCUUGGCUACAAUCUCAAAGGAGAUGAAUGAUAAGCCUAUCCCAUUAAGCAAGGAGAAUAGUAGCCAAAAAGGUGAAGAGAAGACUUUUGAGAAUUUCAAACAUCAUGGUGCAGUGAGAAAGAAUUUUGAAGAUGAUAAAACUGGGAACACUUGUGAAAGUCUGAAUAACAAGAGUGCAUCAGCUGCACAUUGUAAAAAGAGAAAAUUGAUUAGGCCUGAUUUCUGCGAGUUUGAGUCAUCUGACAAGGGCAUGGCUAUGAUCUCAAAGGAGAUGAAUGAUAAGCCUAUCUCAUUAAGCAAGGAGAAUAGCAGCCAAAAAGCUGAAGAGACAACUUUUGUGAAUUUCAAACGUCUAAGUGCAGUGAGAAAGAACUUUGAAGAUGAUAAGACUGGAAACCAUUGUGAAAGUCUGAAUGACAAGAGUGCAUCAGCUGCACAUUGUAAAAAGAGAAAAUUGAUUAGGCCAGACUUCUGUGAGAAUGAGUCACCUGGGAGGGCCAUAUCGGGUGAUGCUCCUGAAAAUGUAAUAGCAUUCUCAACAGACUGUUCUGUCAGAAGAAAUGCCAAACGUAUCAAGGUUUCUGUUUGCUGUGUAAAUGAAAAUGAUAUAUCUCAAAAUGUUAAAUUGCCAAAUGUAAUGUGCCAAACCGCAGUUGGACGCAACAUCCCUAAUGAGGAAAGUGGCUCAAACUCUGAACAAUUUAGUAUGGAAAGCUUUAUUGCUUCUAGAAAUGCUGAUGAAGGUGGAGAAGAAUCAACACAACAAAAUCACAGCAUCUCAACUAUGACUUCAGUUUCUUGUGGGGUCAUGCCAAUCGAAACUAAGCAAGAUUUGACCACUAGAGAUAUAAGUAUGGAUGGAUUAUCUCAAGAUCCUAAUGUUGUGAUCCAUUUCACUCAUGAGUCAUCUCCAAAAAUUUGUGAAGACAAUGAUGGGAAUGGAGUUGCAAAGAGCGAGUUCUUUUACAAUAUUGAACUGGUCAAUGACCUCUGCCCUGUUGGUGGUGAGAUAUCCAUCAGCAAUGUGAGCUAAGGGAAUCAGGACUCUAAAUGAGAAAGGCUCGCCUGGAGUCCUUGUAGUACCAUACAUAUUUUUGCAGAGUCGAGACUCCCGAGAAAUCAAGCAGCAACCAUCUUUUGUAUUUGGUAAGAGAUAAUAUGAGUCAACUUUUGGAAGCAGCAACUGCUUUAGUAUGCAAGAAUCAUAGCAUGAAAUACAUGACGGAAAUGUUAGAUGUGGAAUUGCUUUCUACAAUGAUGAAGGUGAAGGAUGUGCAAUUGGUUUUUUUUUUGUCAACUUCUUAAUCAU